GUGGAAUUCCUGCCUGGAUGUUCUGCUGGUUAGGUUUCAGUCAUCCUGAAAUGGCGAUGGCGAUAAUUUUACUUUCACUUAGCUUGAAACUAAGAUGACCUUUCUGCAACACGGAGAGGGCGUGCUACUAAUUUACUAACGUUUUUACAUAUUUUCCGAUACAAGCAUGGGUUUUUAGGCUUAACCGUUGAUUGUGGCUUUUUAAUUUUUUGCAAAGGUGUUUCCCCAUCGGAGAUUUUGGUUUCUUUUCCGUAUUUCCUCUAGUUUGGGAAAUGCGUCACAUGCGUUCUUUCUGGCUUUAGACCGGCAAUCUAUUCAUGUGGACUCUGACUUUCAAGUGAUGUACGAUAUAAUCUCUAUGGGGGACGGACAGCUGCUUCAGACCAUCAACCGCUUAGCGGAGGAGCUCAGUUCCAGCGAAUGCAGGAGGCUGGCGUACCUGUGUGAAAGUCCGGGUUCCGUCAGCAGCGGGCCGGAUGUGAGAGAAAUGUUGAGGGCCCGCUUGAGCCAGGGUGAGGUGAAUCAUCUGUAUCUGGUGGAGCUCAUGUUCAGACUGGGGCGUUUUGACCUUUUAAGGAAGGUGCUCCUGGUCGAUAAGCAGGAUGUGGAGAGAAUUCUAGGCCACCUCAAAGGUGUGUCAGAGUACAGAUAUUUGAUGGAUGAUUUGAGUGAGGACAUGGGGUCAGAAGACUUGCAGGCUGUACUAUUCCUGCUCAGUCACACACUACCUAGAGACAGAAGGGAUAAAAUUACGAACUUCCUUGAUGUUGUUGUGGAAUUAGAAAAGUUGGACAAAGUGUCAUCUGACAGUGUGGACAUGAUUGAGCAAUGUCUAAGAAAUGUUGGCAGAGUUGAUCUGGCCAAGAAAGUCAAUCUGUACCAAAGUUCAGUCGGAACAUCACAUCCGCCGUCAGUUGUCCAACAUCAAAGGGUUGAGCCGAGGACAGAGAGGACUGCUGCCACUGCUACAUUCUCAUUAAAACAGAGACAUUCCUUCCAUCAAAGUGUUCCACAUAAGGUUUACGUGGCAGAGCCUGAAACCAGAAGGCCAUACUGUCAGAGCCCAGUGGAGGAUUACAGACUACGAACAGAUGGCCCAGGUGUAUGUGUCAUCAUAGACUGUGUUGGCAGUGAUGGAGGCAUGUUGAAAGAAACAUUUACCCAGCUCCAUUUCAAGGUGAUCCUGCAUAAGUGGCUGAGCGUUGAGGAAAUGUUGUCAGUGCUUAGGGGCGUGUCCAAACAGAGGGAGAUCCAGGAAGCAGACGCGCUGGUUGUCUGCAUCAUCAGCCGGGGUACGGCCACCGACCUCCUGGGGACUGACUCCGACAGCGUUGGUGUCCGCUUGGAUUCAGUUCGGAACCUCUUCACCUCAGACACCUGCCCCAGACUGACCGGGAAGCCCAAACUCUUCUUCAUCCAGAGCUACCGGGUCCCCAAGACCGAGCGCCGCUCCAGGGCCGCUCACAGAGACGAGGACCUGGAGACAGACGGGCUGUCAUCCCUCACGCUCGGUGUCGAGACUGUGCCCGCAGGGGCUGAUGUCUUCUGGGGCAACUGCUGGACAGAAGAGAGGCAGCUGGAGGAGACGGCCCACCACUCGGUGUACCUGCAGGCCCUAAGCCAGAGCCUGGUGACAGCACAGAGGAGGAGGACACACCUUGUGGAUGUUCACACGGAGAUCAACGGAAUGAUAUUCGACCACAACAGAAAAAGUCCUGGUGCAAUCUACCACAUCAACUUGAGACACACUCUGAGAAAAAACCUGUAUUUACAAUAGUCAGCUAUGUAAAAUGUUUUAGUCAGUACCACUAUCCAUUAUACCUGCUGAAAUAUAAUAUAGUGAAUAGGGCCCCCUGCUGGAAUCAAUGAUGUCAACACCCAGCGUUGGCCACAUCGUCAUUUAAACAGCUUUAUGAAUGACUUAUUACUGCACUUUUAGAAGUCUGAAGUAAUUUUGACAUUACUUUGUUUCAUUAGUAGUUGUAUUGCUCCCACCUAUCUAUACCACUCACUGUAGACAUCAGGCUGAUCUCGAGUCUCUUGCCUCAAUUCUCUACAGUCAGGGAAGCAUUUUAUUAUUUAUAGAUAUAAAUAUGAGCCAUUAGCUCUAGAAAUUAUGUAUCUUUUUAUUAACAUACUGAUAUCUUUGCUAUAUUGUGAGAUUUUAUAUUGUUAAGUUAUAUUGGUGCUACCAGUUACUUUUGAGUACACAACUACACAAUGAUUUAAAACACAGAAGCAUCAAUACUUUCAUAUUUAUUUAAUAUUUAGUACAUUCACAUGUUUUUAUUUACUUUGAUACAUAAGCUACUUACCUUCUCGUCACUUGCAUCAAUUAUUAUAGAGGAAUGGUAUGAAGACUAACACGUUUUGUUUUAGUUUAUACAAUUAUCCAC